UGGGGGCCGGGCCCGGGAGCGGGGCGGGUGGCAUGGCGGGCGGCCGGGGGGCGCUGAUCGCGCUGGAGGGGGUGGACAGGGCCGGCAAGAGCACGCAGGGCCGGCGGCUGGUGGAGGCGCUGCGGGCCGGCGGGCGCCGAGCCGACCUCCUCCGCUUCCCCGAGAGGACGACGGAGAUCGGGCGGCUGCUCGGAGCCUACCUGGCGGGGGAGAAGGACGUGGAGGACCACGCCGUGCACCUCCUGUUCUCCGCCAACCGCUGGGAGCACGUGCCUUUGAUGAAAGAGAAACUACAUCAAGGGGUCACGCUUGUGGUUGACAGAUAUGCCUUUUCUGGAGUGGCCUUCACAAGCGCCAAGGAGAACUUCUGCGUGGACUGGUGCAAACAGCCUGACAUUGGACUCCCAAAGCCAGAUCUGAUUCUGUUUCUUCAGUUAAGCCCUGAGGAAGCAGCAGCACGAGGGGACUUUGGAAGUGAACGUUACGAGAACAGCCUCUUCCAAGAGAAAGUUCUACAGUCCUUCUCUCAUCUGAUGAAGGACAAGACGUUAAACUGGAAGAUGAUUGAUGCGUCCAAGAGCAUAGAAGACUUGCACAGAGAAAUUAAGUCCAUUGCAGAGGAAACCAUGCUGGAGGUUCAAAAUAAACCCUUGGGAGAACUCUGGAAAUAAAACUUAAUACCGGUUAUUCUUUUAGACCUAACAGAAAAUUCACCUCUUGGACUUUCCUUGGGUGGUUGACAUCUCCACGCCACGUUCUAGUUACUCCAGCUUAAUCACGUAUAUUCUUCCUGGUCCAGCAUGGUGCUGGUGUGCUUUUGACUGUUCCUGCUUCUCCUCUUCCAUUCUGCAUCGUCCCUGCUGCUUUUUUUAUAAGCGAGCACACAAAGAGCACAUAACAUUCCUUGUGAAAGCCUCCCUGCUUCAGGUAGGAUCUCUUGGUGUAGGCUUAGUCCUGUAAUGUAGAUUUGGAUACUGAGCCCAGAGCUUCCCCCAACGUGAUCAGCAGCAACAGGUGGGGAGCAGCCUUCCCAUGUUUGAAGCUCCAGCAAACUACCAUGUUUCUGGUUCUUCCUCUCUAGUGGAAUGCAUCCCCUGUGCUAAACCAGCUUUUAUAGUACUUUCUAGUAAGUUACUCUUUUAAACAUUUUGUACAGCAGCAAAGGCGUUUUUUUUUCCUACCCCUAUGACCACUUACCUUCUCGAAGGACAUAGAGGAGGUGAAAGAGCAGCAGUUCAGGCACGAAGUACAGGGAUCACUGUUUGCUAGAGCGAAGGGACGGAUGACUUCCCACUCCAGCCUGUUCCCCAGCUGUUCAGUGAGAACAGUAUGGAAGCUGCACAGCUAUUGGCAGGGAAGAGUCUGAAAUAGAUGCUAGCUUGUCACCAGACCCAUCUGAAGGCUGAGUGGUGCACAAAUUCUUUUAGACUGGUUGAAUUACUCCUGUGACUGAGAUCAGAGGAAGAGUCAGCAGUGACUCCUGCACUUCACUUUCCAGGUGAAAUUCCAACAGCCCAGCGUACGUUACCAAACCAGAUCGGGUACAAGCUGUGAGCUUGCCUGCUUCCCUCGGCCUGUACCAUACCUGAAGGUCCUGCUUUUAGUCCGAGCUGUUACAAUAAAGUUCCAGUGCGUAAAAUGGC